UCUCAGACACUUCACUCUGAGUUGAAAGGCUCAGCAUUUUACAUUGUGCCAGGCUGCGGGCACCUGCAAAAUGCCUCCUGACUUGACCCAUCGCAGGUAGAACCACUCCCUGGAGUGGCCUCAUAGUUGCCGCCCGUGGGGCAUUUGCAGUAAAGGGGGCUUGGCUUAGCCCAGCUCUGGGCUUCCCUGUGCCGGUGGGAGCUUCGUGUGAGAUUCCCCCUCCUUCUGCCCGCUUCCUACUCUUUACUCCUUGUGCAAAAGGGUUGUUCAAGGAGACUCCAGGAUUGGGGUCUGCCUCGUCACUGUCACCAGGAGUCUUUUUUUCUGACUGACUUGCCAGAGCUCCCCAUCAGCCCUCGCCGUGCCUCUGGAAGCAAAGGGAAGGCAGCUGUGGGAUCCUGGCUGAACAGAGUCCAGGUAAAGCAGGCUUGAGAAUGGAUGGAUGUUGGGGGGAGGCUGGGGUGUCACAGGUCUGAGCACAGAGCCAAGGGGGCGGGGAACAGCCAGGGAGGAUUGUAGGUUCUGCUAUUCGCUUGAUUAAGGGGGUCAGCGUGUGUAUGUGUCAUCGAGGUGGGCAGGGAAGGGGAGGGCUGAGCGGGUGGGGGGAGGAUAUAUAUAUGCUGGUGUGGCUGAUACGGCGGAACCGAGCCUCACAUCUGAAGGAGCCAGGCUACUGACAGCUCUCAGUAUUUUAGCCCCCUGCUUCCUGCUCCUGCACCAUGAAAAUCCUGCUUUGUGACCUCCUGCUGCUCAGCCUCUUCUCCAGCGUGUCCAGCAGCUGCCAGAAGGACUGUCUGACCUGCAGAGAGAAGCUCCGCCCAGCUCUUGACAGCUUCAACCUUGAGGUGUGCAUCCUUGAGUGUGAAGGGAAGGUCUUCAGCAGCCCUCUCUGGACUCCAUGCACCAAGGUCAUGGCCAGGGGCUCCUGGCAGCUCAGCCCUGCUGACCCAGAGCACGUGGCAACUGCCCUUUACCAGCCAAGCGCCUCCUCCGAGAUACAACUGAAGCGAAUGCCUCGCAUCAGGAGCCUAAUCCAAGCCCAGAAAGGGACAGAGCCUGGCAUGGAUGAGACUGGAGAAAUGGAGCAGAAGCAGCUGCAAAAGAGGUUUGGGGGCUUCACGGGGGCCCGGAAGUCAGCCCGGAAGUUGGCCAACCAGAAGCGGUUCAGUGAGUUCAUGAGGCAGUACCUGGUCCUGAGCUUGCAGUCCAGCCAGCGCCGGCGCACUCUGCAUCAGAAUGGUGUCCGGGUGAUCCCCAAAACAGCAUGUCUCCAGCCCCAGACCUGCCGGCUGGGAAUCGGGAUUCCUUCUUCCCCAAGACACUGAGGCAAGCUUUGCCUCCAGGUCUCCACCCCAGGGUGGAGACCCUCCCAGUCUGUCUUUCCCUCCCCACUCCCCCUCCCCGCCCCCAUGGCAUGUUUCAUGAUAAUCUUGUUGCUACAUCAGAGUGUAUUUUUGUAAUUCCUCCAGCUAACAUAUUGACAGCCCCAUCUUUCCUUCUCACUUCCCUCUUUCCUCUUCCAGGGGUGGGUCAAAGGAACAGGAAAUCAAACCCGGGGUUUUGACUUGUCACUGCCAUAACUUGUUUGUAAAAGAGCUGUUCUUUCUGGCUGAUUGUUUUAAACAGAUAUUUCUCCAUUAAACUUCUACUCAGCAAACGGUUAA